UUCACUCGCAGAUGAUCCGGAUCACCGUGGAGUCAGCUGCUCGGUUACCGGGGUUUCACCGCAAUCUGACUCCGGUAGCCUACUUUCACUUUUGCUUCAGCUCGACUUCAGCUCGGAUCAGGAAGCUGGGAGGUCAGCAAUAAGCGGAGAAACCCUCUCUCCGAUCAGUUAGUCAUUCCGCAAGUAUUUAGUGGUUUUAUUCCGGAUUUACCUGAGUUUACAUUCACUUCAGAUUCUUUCGACUUCGGGUGAAUCAUGUCUGACGCCGAUGAAACUCCAGUCAUGGGCGAGCUUCGAGCGGACGUGUGCGACGCUGCGGCGGAAAUCCAGAAAUACAAGGAUCUCAUGGAGUCUGCAGACACUGAAAGAUCCAGGUUGCUGCUGGAAAAAGCCGAAGCAGAGACUGAAAAGAGAAAAGCCGAGGCAGAGCUUCAGGGCUUCAUGGAGUCUGAAGACAACAUUUCUGACAAGUUUAAUCGAGAUCUUCUAGAAGUGCAGGAGGAGAAGAAGAGUCUGGAUCGAGCGAACCAGGAUCUGAAGAGAGAACGGAAUGAUCUUCAGAAGAAGCUUCAGCUCAAGAGCGACGAAAGUGAUUCUCUGCAGCGCAAAUUCAAGAUAGAAGCCAGAAUCCGGGUGCAGACGGUGAAGUUUAUGCGUGCGCUGGAGAGAGAGGAGGCCGAGGAGGCGGAUGAUCAGGUGCAGUCUGUGUUCACCGUCAUACAGAGACCCUCGUUUCUGCUGAAGGGAGGCCAGGCGCUCAUCACCUUUGAGGAGGAGAAGGUGGCGGAGCAGAUCCUCCGACUGGCCAAGUGCUCGGUGGCCUGUGACAGAGCCAAGAUGGACGUGAAGCCGUACGCUUUAUCUCUGGAUCCCUCCGUGAAGUUUGAGGUUCAUAUCCAGGUGUCAAAGAAGAGCGUCAGGUUCUGUAACGCCCCGCCCACUUUACCUGAGGAGCGAAUGAGAGACCGGCUGGAGCUGUCGUUCUCCAGAGCGAGUCGCGGCGGAGGGGAAGUGGAGAAGCUGGAGUACCACAAGGAUACGGGCUCGGGCCGCGUCACUUUCCUCAGCACCGGAGUUGCAGAGAAUCUGGUUCACAGAGGAAAGUUUUGUGUUGACGCCGGCAGCGACGUGGUGCUCGAUGUUCUUCCUCUGUAUGAGUAUCAGCUCAGGAAGUUUCAGACGUACUCGGGGGCCCCGGGUCGCACCGUGCUGCUGGGGGGAAUCCAGGCGCUGAUGGAUGAAGAAGAUCUUCAGGACCAUCUGGAGAUCCACUUCCAGAAACCCAGCAACUACGGAGGAGAGGUGGAGAACAUCAAAUACGUCCCUGACUUAAAUCUGAAUGUAGUCUCCUAUAAUUUGCUAAAAGGGGAUAUACAGUAUGUCGCAUGUCACCUGAACAGGUCUCAUCACAUCCGCUUGUCAGAGAAAGUAUUAACAGACGUAUGA